GGCCCAAGAGCGCUCUCGGUGAGGCUCCCGCUCUUUGGACACCGGGCACGGCGUCGGUGUCUGGGCGCCUGCGCACAAGACCGAGCGCGACGGGGAUGCAGCUGCAACAGGAGAGUCCUGCCAUGCGACGAAUUCGAUGCGGGGUGCUGGGAACCAUGACAUGCAGAUCAACGUCUUGAUGUUCCUGCUUGUCGUCGUCUUUGCCCUGAGCAAGGUGACCCAGGACGAGGGGAUGGUCGAAUUCUGGAUCAUCCUGAUGCCCGUGCUGACCUACGCCAUCGGAUGUGCCAACGCGAGGAAGAAGCAGGCGGAUCUCAAGCUGAGGCUCGUCAGCGAGAUGCGCGAGAGCAGCACGCCCGAGUCCACGCUCAGCGUCUUCGACGACAUGGUGGAGCAAGGCCUCGCGCCCGACGAGGCGGCCUUCAACAAGGCCCUUUGCGCCUGUGCGCGGCUCGGCAAGAUCGACCGGGCCAUGCAGGUGCGCGAGCAGAUGCCCCUCCACGGCUUCCUCCCCGGCGCCGAGGCCAACGUUGCUAUGAUCAGGGCCUGCACCUCCGCCGGCAGGGUCGGGGAGGCGCUGGACAUCUUCGAGGAGUUGCGCCCAGCCCAGCCACCUCGCGUUCCGCGACGCGAUCCACUGCUACAUAGAGGCGGAGAGGCUCGGGCGGGCCGUCAUGCUGUACAAGGACGGGAAAUGGCCCAGUCGGACAUGCUCCCCUGCGCCAAGACGUUCCAGCGCCUGAGCGGCGCCGUGCACGAGCAGGGCUGGGCGGAGACCGCGGCCGAGCUUCGCGAGGUCUUCGCAGGCUGGGUGAAGAGGACGGGAUCGACGCCAUGGCAGCAGACGACGCCUCCACAGAGUUCAGCGAGGACACGGGGGACGUCGACUCCGAGUGAGGCGCGUGAUCUUCCGGAAGGUCCCGCCAGCGCGAGCAGACAGAAACACCGUUCACGGCACAAUCAACCGCGACGGUCGCAUUAUAGAUCGGGGGGGGCCGGCACCCUUGUUGUUGGGUGCGUCGCCUUCUGGGCAAUAAUUCGGAGCUGCCAUCAUAGCACCGCUUCAUGAUCUCAGCCUCUCCCGCACCUGGAACAGCAUGGUGGAUUGCAUUGGCUUCUUGGAGCUCCAGAGCCCCCCCAGCCUUUCCUUCUUUUCUGGCCACGCCGAUCGACAGAGGCAGACUUCUUCUGAGGGUCAAUGCCCCGUCUCUGCCUCUCCGACUGUGGAGCCGAUUCUUUUAGUCUACCGUCCCCACUUUUCCUCCUUUGGCCCGCCUAGUACCGUUUUGACGGCCAGCCUUCCCGGUACCGUGGGCAGCUCAUCGCGGUGGGGGCAAGCCGUGCCUCGCUUCCCGGAUCGCCGCCCGGCGGUUUGCUCAGCGAGCGCAGAGGCACCAAUCUUCCGCCGCGAGCCGAUUGUUUGAUUAUGGAUGGGUCGGCGAAUUUCUGGAGUUGUCCAGAAACAGUGUGCGGUCUGCCGAGGCCAAGCAUGUCAUUCAAGGUUCGUUCCCUCACCUCACACUAUUCGCCCCCUGCCCUUUCACUU